UAAUACAAGUACUGAUACCUCAGAGUAAAAUACUUAGUUACAUGUAGUAGAGUUCGUGGAGAGUCGUCCUGCAGUCAGUGUGUCUGUCCUGGUCCAACAGUGCCACCUUGUGGACGUCAGAGGAAACUUUCAGCUCUCACACUUCCUCUUCAGACUGGAUGUGGUCACGCGACAAAAGUGAAAGUAACUGUGAGCACGAGGCGCUCCGGACCAGCUGGAUGGAUAAAGGGUCCAUCACAGAGAGGAGGCCGGUGAACCUGAGUGAGAUGGCUGUGAUGGGAAAAUCCUGCACCCGGCAAAUCCGGCAGCUGAUGGAGAUGAUUCAUCGGUGGAGACUUUGAGGCUUCUGUGUUGUUGAAGUUGGGUCUGCGUGCAGAGCAUACAGAAAUAAGGACACAUGGCGUGUACGACACAGUCUGCUUUCGUUUACGUCGAGAAAGCCAGAUCCCGCCUUUUGGGAAAACUAAAGAAUCUCUCAGUGAUUCUGGAGAACUUGAGACAGAAAGAAGUUUUCAGUGACGAGGCAGUCAGCAAAAUACAGGCAGAGAAAGAUGACUACGAUAAAACCAGAAAAAUACUGGACUGGGUCAAGUGUAAGGGGGAAGACGCCUGUUACGAGUUGCUUAGGAUUGUUGACAUGACGAGGCAGCGAACCUUAGAGGUUGACCUGCAUCACUGGAUCAGCUGCUUUCCUUUCAGGGAAGACGCACAAAUGGAUACAAACUACUUACAAGGCCCAAAGCCGUGCCACAGAUAUCAGGCGAAGUUAAAGUUAAAAGCACGAAAAACAUCAAAUGAGUUUUGGAUGGCAAACAAAUACCUGUUUGAAGAAAACAACAAGCCUGAUCUGUCGUACAUGUCUCUUGUAUUAGACACACAAGGAAGAGUCUCUCCAUCAAAAACAAAGAAGCUUAAGAGCAAGAAAAGCAAGAUGAUUCGCCCUAAGAAGCUAAGGACAUACGUCCCUGAGGACAAAGUAGGAAUUUCCCCUGGUGACCUUUUGAAAACAUAUCGAGACGUACUCGUAGUUGGUAAACCUGGAAUUGGAAAGACAGCACUCACCCAGGAAAUGUUGAAGCUCUGGGCAGAAAGAGACAAUGAAAAGCUUGAUUACAUGUUUUACUUUGACAUGAGAGAAACAUCUCACAUCACAAAGGCUGUGAGCUUGGAGGAUCUUCUCUUCAACAUGUUCAGUGAACCAGAUGAAGGCAAAGAAGAGGUCUUACAGGACAUAAAGAACAACUCUGACAAUGUUACGCUCAUUUUUGAUGGAAUGACAGAUCUGUCUUCAUCAGUGGUGAAGAGACUUGUAGAGAAGGACCUACUGCCCGACGCAAAGAUCAUUGUGACUUGCAGACAGGAUGAUGAAGAAGAGUUCUCUUCUGAGGACUUUCUCAGAGUGGAAGUGAAAGGCUUUAGUGAGCAGACCAUUAAAGCAUACUUAGCUGAAAUGCUAGGAAAAGAACAGAAGAAGGUUUUCAGCAACGUGGAGUUGUUGACGCUUUGUCAUGUCCCGAUAUAUGCACUGAUGGUGGCUGCCUGCUUCUCAUUUGAGACACCAGAAGACUCACCACAGCCGUGCACUAUCACAGAAAUCUACAUCAAUAUCGUUCGCUUCUGCCUUCAACGAAACAGCAACAACCCCAAAACUAAACAUCUAAAUCCCUUCAUCAAAAACAAGAGAAAGGAAAUACUGUCUUUGGCUGAGGCUGCUUUCAAUGCAACUGAAGGAAAAACUGUGAACUUGACCGAACUUCCCAGUGAGGACAGCUGCGUCCUUUCCUUCCUGAAACCACUUUUUACCAAAGUCGGCCCAACGAAGACAAAAACCACUCAUGCAUUUCUGCAUUACACAAUGCAGGAGUUUUUUGCAGCACUGUGGCUCUUGAAGAACCCAGAUAAAAUCAAGGAUGUUUUUCAGCAAUGCCUCACUGAGGAGAAGAAACACAUGAAGCACUUGAUCCCUUUCAUGUGUUGUUUGCUGAAUGAGAAGAGCCCUAGUUUGACAAAGUGUCUGAUUCCAGCCGAGGAGCUCAAGAAUACAUCUGACUGGUUCUUCAAGGAAAUGAUAACCACGUUUUUCACAUGUCCGUGUGAGGCUGAUACUGAGGACAGUGGGCCUGAUGUGGACAUACUGUUCUUAUGCCAGUGCUUGUAUGAGUCCCAGUGUCCUGAAGCAUGCAUCCACCUUCUGGACAAACUGGGCUAUCAUCUUGAUCUCAGUGGAGAGAGUCUUGAUCCCUUACCUUGCUGUGCUGUGGCCUAUGUGGUCACUCAGUCAGAGGAGCGGAAAGUAUCGCUGAACCUCGAGGAUGUCAGGGUAUCAGACCAAGGAAUGAGACGACUAUUUGGAUGCCUUAAAAAUGUGCAAUGGCGUGAUCCUCUGCCACUGCAGCUGUGGAAGAUCUUCCUUCUGAGUGAAGGGCAGAUGGACCACCUCAGCUUACUAGGCCUUGAUGGAAAUCAGUUGCACCUUCCAGUUGAAGGUAAAAGAUGUCUGUUUGAACAAGCUGUAAAAGUCAUGCAGAAGAUGAGUAUGAAGGUCAAUGUCUGCCUCCACUGGGAUAGAGAAACUCGUGUCUGCCAGGAUCUGUGCGAGUCUCUCUUUGAGGCUUUGUCGUACAUCAGCUCACUCAGCUUCAGGGUCACCUGUAGAGGUCCAGGAUUACAGGACCAGAAGCAACACCAUGGGACACUGGAGAGAAAAGAAAAGCAGCUGUUACUGGAUUUAUGUCUGAAAGCUGCACUUCACAAAGGAGAAAGCUUUCACAAUGUAGUGAAUACGCUCCUCUUGUUGUUUUCUGUUAACACUGGCAUACAUGACAUCCUUCUUGAUUUUUACCAACAUGUCAAGACUGGAGGGUUUUUAAGUAUCAUUCCACUGAAGCCACUUUUCCAGUCAGCUCCUGCAGUCUGGGUCAUAGACCUCUCAGAGAGAAAGACCUCCAUCCUCCUGGAAGUGCUGAAACUCCAAUCAGAGAAGAAACAAGUGGAGCUGAGAGGCUGGUCAGAUGAAGAGAGUGAAGUGAGGAGCUUCCUACAGUGUCUGCCUUAUAUCUCACAGCUCAGUUUCGUGCCUCAGUUAUCAGAACCUUCAGAAGAAAUCAGGUUCCUUUGGAAUCUAUUCUGUGCAGCAGCAGAGAGGGAACAGCAGACAGGAGAGAAGAUACUGGAGCUGUUAUCAUCACUGUGCUCAUAUCAGAGAUUCCCUCUCAAAAAUAAAUGGUGUGAUUUCCUGCUGGACCUGUACACUCAUGAGACUGGAAAAUGUUUGAGUGUCCUUCCAUCAGUACAGUCAGUUUUCCAGUCAGCUCCUGCAGUCUGGGUCAUAGACCUCUCAGAGAGAAAGACCUCCAUCCUCCUGGAAGUGCUGAAACUCCAAUCAGAGAAGAAACAAGUGGAGCUGACAGGCUGGUCAGAUGAAGAGAGUGAAGUGAGGAGCUUCCUACAGUGUGUGCCUUAUAUCUCACAGCUCAGUUUCUCUCGCCGGUGUCGAGACUCAGGUGCAGUCAAGGUCUGUGGGAAUCUGUUCUGUGCAGCAGCAGAGAGAGAACAGCAGACAGGAGAGAAGAUACUGGAGCUGUUAUCAUCACUGUGCUCAUAUCAGACAUUCCCUUUGAGUGACAGGUUUGGUGAUGAUGACUAUCAGAGUGAUUUCCUCCUGGAUCUGUGCUCUCACCUGAAGGACUAUGAGACUCAAACAGGCCUGAGUGUCCUUCCAUCAGUACAGUCAGUUUUCCAGUCAGCUCCUGCAGUCUGGGUCAUAGACCUCUCAGAGAGAAAGACCUCCAUCCUCCUGGAAGUGCUGAAACUCCAAUCAGAGAAGAAACAAGUGGAGCUGACAGGCUGGUCAGAUGAAGAGAGUGAAGUGAGGAGCUUCCUACAGUGUGUGCCUUAUAUCUCACAGCUCAGUUUCUCUCCCUGGGGUCGAGACUCAGGUGCAGUCAAGGUCUGUGGGAAUCUGUUCUGUGCAGCAGCAGAGAGAGAACAGCAGACAGGAGAGAAGAUACUGGAGCUGUUAUCAUCACUGUGCUCAUAUCAGACAUUCCCUUGGAGUGACAGGUUUGAUGAAGUUGAUGAUGAUGAUAAAUAUCAGAGUGAUUUCCUGCUGGAUCUGUGCUCUCACCUGAAGGACUAUGAGACUCAAACAGGCCUGAGUGUCCUUCCAUCAGUACAGUCAGUUUUCCAGUCAGCUCCUGCAGUCUGGGUCAUAGACCUCUCAAAGAGAAAGCCCUCCAUCCUCCUGGAAGUGCUGAAACUCCAAUCAGAGAAGAAACAAGUGGAGCUGACAGGCUGGUCAGAUGAAGAGAGUGAAGUGAGGAGCUUCCUACAGUGUCUGCCUUAUAUCUCACAGCUCAGUUUCUCUCCCUGGUGUCGAGUCUCAGGUGCAGUCAAGGUCUGUGGGAAUCUGUUCUGUGCAGCAGCAGAGAGAGAACAGCAGACAGGAGAGAAGAUACUGGAGCUGUUAUCAUCACUGUGCUCAUAUCAGACAUUCCCUUGGAGUGACAGGUUUGGUGAUGAUGAUAACAAAUAUCAGAGUGAUUUCCUGCUGGAUCUGUACUCUCACCUGAAGGACUAUGAGACUCAAACAGGCCUGAGUGUCCUUCCAUCAGUACAGUCAGUUUUCCAGUCAGCUCCUGCAGUCUGGGUCAUAGACCUCUCAGAGAGAAAGCCCUCCAUCCUCCUGGAAGUGCUGAAACUCCAAUCAGAGAAGAAACAAGUGGAGCUGAGAGGCUGGUCAGAUGAAGAGAGUGAAGUGAGGAGCUUCCUACAGUGUGUGCCUUAUAUCUCACAGCUCAGUUUCUCUCGCCGGUGUCGAGACUCAGGUGCAGUCAAGGUCUGUGGGAAUCUGUUCUGUGCAGCAGCAGAGAGAGAACAGCAGACAGGAGAGAAGAUACUGGAGCUGUUAUCAUCACUGUGCUCAUAUCAGACAUUCCCUUGGAGUGACAGGUUUGAUGAAGUUGAUGAUGAUGAUAAAUAUCAGAGUGAUUUCCUGCUGGAUCUGUACUCUCACCUGAAGGACUAUGAGACUCAAACAGGCCUGAGUGUCCUUCCAUCAGUACAGUCAGUUUUCCAGUCAGCUCCUGCAGUCUGGGUCAUAGACCUCUCAGAGAGAAAGCCCUCCAUCCUCCUGGAAGUGCUGAAACUCCAAUCAGAGAAGAAACAAGUGGAGCUGAGAGGCUGGUCAGAUGAAGAGAGUGAAGUGAGGAGCUUCCUACAGUGUGUGCCUUAUAUCUCACAGCUCAGCUGUGGUCCAGAGUUCUUCCAGAGGGUGUGCACAUUAAUGUCUGUGAGAUCCAGAGAGGAGGCCGAGCAGUUGGCCUCUUUGCUGCAGCUGCUGGGGUUCACCCUGCUGUUAACAGGGGAGUUGCACCUGAACACCUGCCGCACUGUGGGAAGAGUCCUCGUACUUUGUGGAUCUGAUGCGAAUCUCAUCCUCACACCGCGGAAGAUAUCUGUCAGAGGAGCCUCCGUCCUCUUCAGACGUACAACACGUCUUCACAGUCUGAGGCUUUCCAAUGACAUGGCCUUGCUCCUGUGUCGAUGGGUAAGAGGAGGGAGAGUGGUCUGUCCAGUGACUGUCGAAGAGCUUUCUCUCUCCCCUCAGAGAGCCAAACCAUCAGAGAGGGUGUUGUUGAAGGUUGUCAGUAAUGUGGCGUCCCUGCUGAGAUGCUGGACAGUCAGACGGUUAGACCUGACUGAGUUCUGUGUUCCUGCUCAGGGUGUCAUUCCACUGCUGCUUCAUGAUGGCCCUCUGACAGUCAAACUGAGUGAGGAGAUCUUCCAGCAGCUACUCUUCCUCCUCCAUGAAAUCCAGGACGAGGACUUGACCCAGUUCUUCUUGAGUAAGGUUGGUGGAGACCUCACCUCCUGCUGUGUGAACUGGGAGCUUCUUCACUAUCUGCUGCAGCAGUCGUCAUCUCAGACCUUCACUGUGGACCUGAGGAAGAACAGCUCCUUACAGAGGAGCAUCACACGUCUGCUUCCCUUUCUGCACAGGAUUGUGUUUAAAAGGCUCAGCCCCAGCUUUGUGUUGACUGCCAUCAGAGAGAUCUAUGCCGCUCGUGCCAGUCCCAUUAUACCCAGUUUACUGAGGUCAUUUGAUCAUGUGAUCAACCUGAGCUGCAGAGAGAUGGACUCAGUGGACUGUGCUGCUCUGCUCUUCACCCUCAGACACAGUGUCAGAGUGAAACUAAACCUCCUGUGGAGCUCCAUACCAGCAGGGCAGACAGAGUCCAUCCUCUUUACACUGGACAGAGUUUCUCAGCUCAGUGCUGACAGGAGCCUGCUGCUGAGGUUGGUCCACUGCUGUGCUGCCUCUGACGUCCAGCAGGGGGCAGCAGCAGUCGACCUGCUCAGGACUGUGCAGCACAGGCUGGAUCUGUCCUGCUCCUCCUGUGUGGAGCUGGAUCAGAGGGAGACUCUCAGUCUGACUGCUGGCGACUGCAGGGCCGUCUCUGCCGUCCUGAGACACAGCAGCCAGGACACACAGGUCAUCCUGCAGGACUGUGAGGUGGAGGACAGCGGACUGGACCUGCUGUUUCCUGUUCUAAACAGAGUCCGCCUCAGAGCCAGCAAAGCUGUCCUCCUCCAGCUGGUGUCCCUGGUUCCUGUGAACAGUGAGAGGGACACAGUGAGACGGGCAGUGUCCCUCUGUAGAGCCUUGGGUGGAGAGCUGGACUUCAGUCACUCCACACUGGAUCAGAGGGCCUGUGGAGCUUUAGCCCUGAUGCUGGACUCGUGUGAAGAGCUGACAGAGCUGGACCUCAGUCACUGUCGGCUCACUGACCAGCUGCUGCUCAUGCUCAGCGCACAUCUGCACAAAGUACAAGUCCUGGAUCUGAGUCACAAUAACGUCACUGAUGCUUCAACUGACACGUUACUCCAACUGGUCUCCACCAACCCCUCCAUUCACACUGUGAGACUUUUCGGGAACAAGAUUGUGGACAGAACAUGCUUUGACAAACACAAGUUUGAAACAUGGUGAACUGGUGGUCAGCGUGCUGGAGCUGUGCUCAUCAGAGAAUAACUGUCUUGUGUUUCAUGUUAAAAAUGAAAGUAUCACUGCAGUUGGAGUACUAAUACUGUGAUUGAGGUAGUCAGUUUAUAUGGAGGCCAAGAGCUGCCAGCAAUGUUUGAUAAUAAUUAUAUGGAGAUCAUGACUUACAGUGGCUGCAAAAGUUCUGGCACCCCUGGCCAAAAACUCUUUUACUGUGAGUAGUUCAGUGAGUAGAAGAUGAACUGAUCUUCAAAAGACAUGAAGGUAAAGAUGAAACAUGCUAGAUCAGUGUAUUAUUUUUGUUUUGUACAAUUUAGAGUGAACAAAGGAAGCAGCACCAUGUAAAAGUUUGGGCACCCCAAGACAUUUGAGCUCUCAGACAACUGUCACCAGGGUCUCAGACCUUAAUCAGGUUGUUAGGGCUCUGGCUUGUUCACAGUCAUCGUUAGGAAAGGCCAGGUGAUGCUAAUUUCAACUGACUCCUGAAACCUUGUCCCAACAAUCAGGAAGAGUGGUGGUGCACUAUUGUACUGUGCAGACACACCUGGACAGGUAUGACCUUGAUGGAAGAGUCAUCAGAAGAAAACCUUUUCUGUGUCCUCACCACUAAAUUCAGACUCACAGGUUUGUGAAGGGACAUCGACAGAAGCCUGAUGCUUUUUGGAGACAUGUCCUGUGGACACUUUCUGGACCCAGUGAGCAAAGGGACACCUGUUAAGGUGGUUAAGGUUAUUGAAGAAAUGUUUCAGCUUUAACUUCAUGCCUUUUGGAGAUCAGAUCAUCCUCUACUUACAUAACUGUUCACAGCAAACGAAAUUUUAGACCAGCGGUGCCCAAACUUUUGCAUGUGACUGUAUCUCUUGUUCUGGAGGUACUAUACUUUCAUGGUGCUCAUAUUUGUGAUUGACACCCCACAUCAGAUUGUUCUGUUGGGAUCACGAAUAAAUUAUUUUUUGUAAUGUGGCAAAACAAACAGAGCCAUAACUGUUCUGUCAAUAUUAUGAGUCGGCAGAAUUGAUCUUUUUGUAAUUUGUGAUGUCGUUAUUUGAGGAUGAAUGUUUAGUCAAAGGGAUAGUUUGGGAUUUAUGAAGUGGGGCUGUAUGAGGUAUGUAUUUAUAGUCAGUAGAUGGCGGUCAGCUUGCCCCCAGUUUGGGACAGCAGGCAGGAGUCCCAACAGGGAAGCUCAGUGACAUUGCUGUGGAUGGGGGUUGAUAUCAAAACGUGGUUUAGCCAUCUUAAAAGAGGCUCACCUAUCAGUGUGAGAGGACACUAUAUUGUGGAUUUUUCCAGUGCCUUACCUCGCUGUCAGACUGCUCUAUCUUAACAACAAAACCUCUGUGUUCUUCCUCUGCUGCUGCACACUGUAUUACUCCACAGGUCUGUUUGGGUCAGACUGUCAGAGAUUUAUGGAAGACACAACUAACACUUCGUCUUCGUUGCUAAUUGCAGCCAGUGGAGUAAUACAGUGCACGGCACCAACUACCCCUUUAAAGGUUGAGAAAAAUGACUCUUUGAUGAUAUUUUAAAGCAAGGAUAUAUUUUUAAAAAAAAUGUUUGAUACACUGAAAAAAUGUUAAUAUGGGUAUUUUUUGAUGUUUUUUUUCAUCUCUUUUGUCUUAAUAUGACAAUUAUCUUAGCUUUCCUCAUUAAAGAAAAAACAACAACUUUAUUUUGGUUGCUUUAUACAGGUGAAAAUCUGUGUUGGCCAGUUACCAGCUGAGUGACUUUAUGUCAGAAAUAGACCUCAUUCUUCUGCUAAUAACCAGUUGUUCUAAAACACUGUGAAAUGCACAGCUGUAAAUAUCCUCAAUGAAUACUUGAUAUGAAAGAGCCAAAUGCCUGUAGCCACAUUAUAUUUAAUGUAUUAUUUUGAGGUGUGUAUGUCUGAUUUACAUUUGAUAAAUCAUCACAAAAACCUCCUUGUUUAUAUUUAAACAAUUCCAGUAACAAAGUUUAAAGGUUUUUGUGUUAACAAUAAAUAAAUAAAUGAUAAUGUUUUAUGGAUCAUGAGACACACAUGCAGACAGGGCAUAGCUUUGAGGUUGUGCACAUGAAUCAGAUGUUUUAUGACAUUGCUUCCCAUGACCGAGUCAUCACCCCGGCCUUCCACAAUGAGCGCAGGUACUGAGAUGUUACAGUCGAGCGCUUUCAUUUUAAGCUCACAGACACCAACAGGGUUUGUUUCUUCUGAGGCUACAUCCAAGCUAGCAAAGUCACAAUGUGUUGAGCCCAACGAGGCCCAGUGAAAAAUUAACAAGAGAUGAAAACAAACAGUAUUGAUCCUUUCCUUGACUAACUUACCUUGACUCCUGCUAUGCCUUGUCUUUAGCCUGCGGCUAGGCUAGCAGUUUCAGGGUUUUUGUUUUUUGU